UUCUGCACAUCACCUUUAGAAACCUCAGUAAAUCAGAAAAUAUUUCAUUUUUUUUCAUGGCACUAACAGGUUUUUUAUUCUAUUUAAUACAUUUAAAAAUAAUAAUAUCAAAUUAGUCACUUAAAAUGUUAAUGUAACUUCUCUUGCGAAAUUAACUAUGCUUUUUUAUGGUAACCAUGAUUUUGGUGUAUUGAUUACCAUUGGCAAAACCAUGUUUACUGCAGUAACCACGCAUGGUUUAACUAUGGUUUUUGCAGCAAAAUCAUGGUUAUUUUUGGUAACCAGUUUAACAAUAGGGACCAUGUUUUUAACUGUAGUAAAACUAGUUAAUUUUUGUAAGGGUUUGGUGUUGAAAUUUAGAAGCUGCAAGAAGAAAGACAUUUUUUAUACUUUAGAUUAAAAUAAAAAUAUUCAGCAACUUUACAGGGCAUCAGGAAUUAUACAAACCCAAAUACUGCUGAUUCUAAUCUAAACCAACAUAGUUCAAUGCUUUUUUGUGUGUUGCUAUGUUUUUGCUAUGUGUCCAAUUAAAUGCAUCUUUGUAAAAGUGACAAGUUGUGAACAUAGUGCACAUGAAAUCCUAUUAGAAAUAGUAUUACUAUUAAUCAAUAGAAAAUUGGCAAAAAGAGAGAAAGUGGUGGCCUUGGAGCUUUUUGUAGGUUUUUUUUUUUUUUUUGAUGGGGAGAUCAGGGCAUUACAAUUCUAGUUCAAUUAUCUUUAAAAAAAUAAAUACAAUAUAAUAUAGAUUAUUCAUACUGUAGAUAUUCAUUACAUUACCCUCUAUAAAGUAGGCAUAUAGCCUAUCAGCAUCAUUGGUAUACAUGGCAGUCAUAAUAAUCAUUGCAAUUCAAGUCUUAUUUUAAGUUAUUGGACGUUGAAAGGCAAUACAAUAAAACAAUGAUAUUAUGAUAAAUAUAAAAAGCACAAUAUAUAGACAUAAUAAAACAUAGAUCGCGCAUUGAUCCCUUUGAUCUGUUGCUGUGAUUCGUCAACGGCGCUGCCAUAUGAGUCCUGUCAAUACUGCACUAUAAACACUCAUACAAGUGAACGAGGGAGCUGCGCCUUUUCUGGAUAAACAAUAACGUUUAAAUUUCUCAACCGAUUAAAAUGAUUUACAAUCUUUGUUAACAAAAACAAUUGUUUCUAAUUAUUUAAUGAAAAUAUAUAAUUUUAAUGGGGGGAAAAAAUCGUAAACAGGUAGCAACUAAAAGAAACAGCACUCCUCAUAUUUAUUUCCUCUCUUUGUUGUUUCCAUACAGCAAGUUCGUUUAAUUUGCUUUUGGCAAAUGUAGAAAAUAUUCUCUAAUUGAGCCUGUUAUCAUGUAAAGCCUAUAGAUGGCACUAUGGUAAAUGAUACAAUUACCCUAUAUUGAAGACAGUGUACGUCGAGGCUGUGUUAAACACGGAUUUGUUGAAAGAUUUAUCAAACAAAACACCAAAGGUAAUUUAAUCUACAUGAUAUAAAAAAUGAAGGUUCUUUCUUAUUGUGAAUUUUUUUAUAUCACAUUUUUUGUUUGUCUUGAGCUGCAGAUCAUAAGUGAACUUUAAAUUAUAUUACAUUAGGGAUAUCUCUGACGUCAUCUCGCUUAUAAAAACCGAUGACGCAACCACAAUUCUAUUUCUACUUUUGCUCAGCUCGUGCUUAGUUGCGUCUUGCAGACAGAAAAUGGAAAAAUAUUUUUCAAAGCCUUAUUUUCUCCAACCAAUCGCCAAGGUCGAUGACCUGAGCGUUUUUCAAUCGGGAAGAAUUCCACUUCCUCCCAUUUGUGGCAAGGUAUGAGAGAUAUGUACGUAUGUUAUGUUUGGUAGCUUAGAAAGUAACAAAAUUAGUAAACAUAUUUUUUAACACUCCUUAGCCGAUCAGCCAGGUCGAACAUCUUAUUCAUGCUGACCUGAGCGUUUUUGAACUGGAAAGAACUCCGCUUCCAUCAAUUAAUGCCAAGGUCCAAGCUCAAAAAGCUUUACACCUGGGAACUCCUUAUGGAAAAACCACUUUCCAGUCAUCGAUGGCACACAAUAUAACCACCGAGCCUCAGCUACCAGCAGCAUGGAGUAUUCAUGACAUCUUCACUGAGGUCCCCAACAAGUCUCGCAAAAUCAUCAAGAGAACACUUAAAGAAAAGCACAUUUCCAAGAGGAACAUGUGUCAUAUGGUUCAGCAGACUGUGGAGUGGGUACGAAUGUUGUGCAUGGAUGUGGUCCUUCCUGCUCUACUUCUCUGCCUGAUACAAGAGGACUGCAUGAAAAAGGAGGCCCAAUUGCACCAAAAGAGGGCUGGCAAGUGUAUGCAGAUUAACAGUGGUGAGAUCUUGAACAGAUCCACUGAAGAGGCAAAAAUGAUUGGAGUGAACAUUUUUCUGUGCAUGAUGGAUUGCUUGCACAGCAAAAAUGCAUCAGUUCGGUCAGAUGCCGAAGGGUCAGCAAGCAGCCAGAUGACUUCAGGGAACCGCAUCAGCAGGGAGACGAUCCAUAUGUUUACUGCGGAUUUAAUGAGCUGCGUUUACCAGGAACUUCUUGACAACGACAUGGGCAAGGCAUAUCCUCUCAAAAACCUGUGCUCUGAGACCAACACAGAGGCUCAAAACUCCUCACGCUGGGAAUUCUACUGGUCCGUGCUUCAUCACUUCUUUCAGCAGGCAGCGAAGAACCAUGUGGGAUCAUUCCUGGGAUUGCCAGACUUCCUGCUUCAAGAUGGCCCCAGCAACAUGGAGGAAAUCUGGCAAGCAUGCGGACUGGAGACAAUGACCAACGCAGAAAGAACCUCUCUGAAUGUGCUCACCAAAAUAGUAACGGACAUCGGCAUGGAUAAAAUCAGUGACGCCAUUGAAGAUCCAUUGUGCAGUGCUGAGAUUGUUAGGCAAGGUGAGAAGUCAUUGGCUCAGUAUUUUAAUGUUGCUACCAGCCGCCGUGAGGAGACUGAGCGACCAGAAGUUUUGGGAAGUUCACUGAAACCUGCUACACCGGAGCCCGAGAAAGUGUUCAACCCAAGUCCUCAAAUUCAGGCAGAAUCCCUUAAGACAGCAGAGGAUGAACAGCUUAAGGAGAUACAUGGCAGAUCUUCAUCUUCUGCGGAUGCGCUGCUGGAUCUUGAUAAGGAGCUGGAAGAACUUUUAAGAAGUUCACCUAAGCCUGCUACUCCAGAGCCUACGAAAGUCUUCAGCUCAAGUGGUCCAAUCCAACUGGAGCCCCUUAAAUCAUACAAGGUCUCAGAGCCUAAGAAUUUACCUGGGGAAUCUUCAGCUCCCACUAGGAAAUUGCUCGACAUUGAUGAUUUGUUUGAACAGGAGCUGGAUGAAUUAGAAGGUUGGGGAUGCUCAACUAAGCUUGGUACUCCAGAGCCAAAAUUAGUUGUGCAUUUACCUGGUGAAUCUUCACUUGAUCGGGAGCUGGGAGAACUUUUGAGAAGUUCAUCAAAGUCUGCUACAACAGAGCCUACAAAGGUAUACAGCUCAAGAGCUAAAAUACAUGCAGAAUCCCCUCCAUCAAGAGAGGACAUAGAGGUUGAGCAUACAAAUCCCGCUCCCACUGAUUCACCACCACAGCUUGAGGAUUCACUUCACCAGUCUCAAGCUCCCACUGGUAAACGCCGUCGGAAGUUAAAGAACAGAUGUAAAAGCCCUGUUAGCCAAGGUCGCAGAGAAAAACGGCAUCGGGAAGAAACCAUGAAAGAGGAAAAUUCCUUAUUUAGAGCUUCUGAACUGCCAAUUGCCAACCCCCAGGGUUUCAUUUUGCCACAACAGUUUUUAGGCCGCGUCAUUGAUGGCCUGCUUACGAAACUUCAAUGCACAUAUAACAUCAGUGUUCCUGGGAUCUACCUUUAUGAUGUUAUUUUCAGCAAACUGGUGCAAGAACUGGGAAAUCUGGCAAGAGUUCAUGUUGUUAAAAACAUCCAACAGUUGUUUCACAAUGAAGAUGAGAUCAUUCUUCGGAUUAUAAAUGAAGCUCAUGCCAUUGUGAAAGAUAAGGGCUACUUGAGGGCAGCAUGGCAGGAUCAUGAGAUGUCAGUAAAUUACCUCACAACGGUUGUGUCUGCGGUCAUUCUUGACUACACAGUGCUUGGUGGGUGGAAUCAGAAGACUGACCAAACUGAAGAUUUCGCCAUCCCAGUUCAUCCAAACCUGACGGUGAAAGAAAAGUGCCGCAACUUCCUGUCACGGAUGAGACAGUCCCUACGAAAGGUCUUUUGUUUUAAAUGAAGGAUCCGAGUAGGAGAACAGUAUUAAGUUUUCUAAACCUCCUCUUUACUUAGAAUUUAGAAUUUACUUAGAAUCUCUUUUGUGCAUUUAAUUUUUAGUAAAAAUUUCUGUAUAUAGUUG